AUGACAGUAACAACUAUCGCAUUGACUGUUUCAAUCGUAUCAUAUAUACAUGGUUCUCCAUCAAAUGGCCUCUAUGAAUCUAACCUUUUUUACACGGAAGGUUAUGGCAAAUAUUUGACUAGUCCGACUAAGAUAAAGACAAUUGAAUUUGGAGGUUAUAAAUUCGAGUUUGAUGAUGAUACAUUGCCUGUAACAUCUAUAACAAAAAUCGAUGUAAUAACAUAUGAUGAUAAACCGAUUUUAUUUGAAUUUAUUUCAGAUAAGGAUCGUCCAUACAGAAGAUUUUACUACUAUACUUUGGAUAGUAAAACUAAUAAAUUAUAUAAUUAUGUCACUGCAGAAACUGGAUAUAAUGUUGAGGAUUCGAGUGGUCUAAAAUACUACACUGAAUUAAGUAAAUCGGGAAUAAAUGAUGUUUUACAAGAUUUGGAUAAAAACAUUGAUGAAAGUAAUAUCGAGCAUUUGAAGACAUCAUAUGUAACAAAAGGAUUAAAUAUUGCGAUUGAAGUUUAUUCAAACAGAGUCGUUGAACAAAUUAAAUCGAUAAAGGUAGUUACUCCAGUUGAAUUAUUCGAUUAUAAAACUGAAGUUCCAAUUGAGUCUGUAGAUCAUGAAUCGCGUGAUAAUUCAUUGGCCGAAGUAGAGGAGGAUGGAAAAGCUGUACAAGUUGGGACUCAACCUGUGUAUGAGGUAAAUGAUGGUGCUCAUAACCCAUCUGCACAAGUGUUAUCACAGAAUAAUAUUAUUGAGACCUUGGAUGAUAAAUCUAAAGUUACUCAUUUGAGAAAUGCUGGCAGUGAGAAAAUUCGUGUUUAA